ACCAAGUUCAAGUUUACAGAUUUAUUUCAGAUAAUUUAAAUAAGAAACGUUUGCUUGUGUAAGAAAUGCGGAGAAACCGAGUGAGCGAGAAUUCAAACCGCGACCUUGGAAUAUAAAACAUGAAUUCGUUUCGUUCGUUUAAACUUAAACUUCCCCGACAUUCAACUGCUGAUGGAAAGAUUGAAGAAAAUGAAGAUUUGAACCAAAGUUGUGGAUUUAUAAAGCAAGGUGACAACUUUGGUGGGGACUCGGUUGCAAAUGUUUCGAAGCCGCUUCCUCGUAAGCGAAGCUUUAACGAAAUAAACGAAACAUCUUGUCACAACACCGACCGCGUAUUCCCAACAACUCCACCGUCAUCGCCGGACGUUUAUAAGAAAGUUGCGCUUGAACGAAGUUUUAUUCCCGGUUUCGAAUAUAGGGGUCCGAACUACGAACCUGAACUUUGUGCUUUGCUAUUGCCGGGCAAAUAUAGAAGCAUCGGCGGCGAAAAUCAAGAGAAAGAGAAACGGUUUCUCUCCCCAGUAACAACGGACGAAGAAGAUGGAUCGAACGUUGAUUCUUCAGCCAAAGAAAGGAAGCCAACCACUGGUUUAAUUCGGCAAGUGAAUGAAUACGAUCAAAAAGCUGAGGUUUUUAAAUGCAAUUUCUGCGAGCGGACAUUUUCGUAUCUUUGCCACCUCAAAGUCCACGAACGAGUCCACACUGGUGAAAAACCAUACGUUUGUAAGUUUUGUUCAACUCAGUUCAGUCAACUUGGAUCGCUGACUGUCCACCUUCGAAUCCACACCGGUGAGAAACCUUACAAAUGCAACAACUGUGCGAAGAAGUUUCGACAUAUCAACAGUCUAAGACGUCAUCAGCGACAGGUCCACGAUGGAAUCCUAACGAAAACUUUGCCGAAAGACGCCUCGCAUAAAAUGGUAAAUUUACCUGGAGGAUGGAGCCCGCACAAAGUAGAACACCGCCCAACCAGAUAUAACAUUGACGGCUAUAAUGGUUCGAUGUCCCAUGUUUCCCAAUCAAAGCUGCCUCUACAUUUGCCCUCCUUGCACAGUAAUGCUGAUGUGAACCUGGCGAAGUUUAUAAGCAGUCUACAACUUCCAUACAAUCCUACACCACCGAUGGCAUACAAGUUCAACCAAACUACGAACCAUGAGAGUAUAUUUAAAUCUAUUGACCGACUUGUUGGGAAUUCAAGCGCACAUCAAACAUGGGUCGCACCAAUGAAACUUAAUUGUCCAAACGUUGGGGAAAACACACGAACCAUCAUAACACCGGGUCGGCUACCAUUAGUCUCAACGUAUUGUGUGGAUAAAGCUAAGUCAACAACAUCAACCAUAAACAACGCAAACGUGACAUUAGGGUCAUCAGAUGAAGGAUAUUGUGGAGCAACAAGCGACGAAGAGGAGAGGAGAACGAGGAGCAAUAAUGAGGAAAUGAAUCCUCCUGAAACACGGGGUGGUCAGAAUAUUAUUGCCACGAAUCCUUGCAAUAGUUUCGAAGCUCGGAAAUGGUCAGAAGAUUCAGGAAUUGCUUUGCAAAAUAACUCAGUCAACCGAACAUACAGUUUUCCCGAUCUAUAACGAGGGUAACAUAUGACGACGCACUUAUUCGUUCGUUUGCCACAUUUUGCUUGUGUUUUAAUAAUAAAGUUUGCACGCUUGAAGCUCUGCUCAAA